AUGUGUCACCCGUUCUGGGUUUGUGGAGAGGUGGAGGAAGUGCUGGGAUAUGUGGGGGGGUCUUGGUCAACUGAUAACAACGUCAGCGACUUCCUUCAGUCUCUUCACAAGACAGAGAGCAGAGACGGGCCGACCACGGCAGACAGGAAAAUGAAGGUCAUCCUGCUGAUCGCUGUCAUGAGCAGCUGCGCUGUGGGAGACGAGGAUUUCUUCAACAAUCAGCCCUGUGAGCCGACCAAUAGGAAAUGCGCUUUCGAGAACUUUAAAGAAAACCACAUCCUACCAAAAAACUUUGAUACCAGUUCAAAAUCUGCAUGGGAGUGCCGUAUCCAAAGCUUGAGCCGUUGCAAAAUGACACCUCUGACCUUCAUCGAGGAAUCAAACACCAACCGUGUUAUAAAAAUCUGCAACGGCGGCGGCUGGAACUGGGAGGGCAACUUGUGCACGAGUACCUCAAAUAUCCCAGUGUAUGUAGUGAAAGUGAACAUGACGGAUUGCAAGAUUCUAAAUGUCCCGAUGAAAACGGACGAACUGGUGACGGUGGCCUGCGACAAAGUUGGCAAGAGAUGCCUUCCGGUUCAUUUGCAGGCAAAACAAACUAAGGAGCGAGAGAAAGUCACCUGCUCCUCUGCUGCUGCUGACGAUUAUUGGUCUGAUGAGCAAUUUAACAUCUCAAUCAGGAUUGGCUAAGAGAUGAUUAAAAAUACUGGGAAAGUGCGUCUGCGCUGUUGCUGUUAGAAAAUUGAACCUGCUCCAGCAAUCCUGCAAUGAAUUGCUGGAGAAGUUCUGCACCAAAGCCUUUUUUUUUUUUAUUGCAUUAUUAAAAGUGGACAUUUUACAAUCAUCCUUUUACAUGUCAGUUUAAUUUUUGUUCAUUUUGGAUAAGGUGUGAAUACAAACAUCUGUUGAAAAUGUAGAGCUUUCAAAAGUAGAGUUGAAACCAGAAGUCUGCAUCCACCGAAUACAAAGAGACAAACACUUUUUUUUUUCUCUCCCUGUCUGAAGCUAAAUCCGACCAAAUGCGUCUCGUUUUAGGUUAGUUAAAGUUAUUUCAACUAGUUUUAUUUGCUAAAUGCCAGAAAACUUAGUGAAAAAAUGUUUUGGAGAUUGUUUUUUUUGUUACUUUCUUCAAAUUCAGAAGGUUUGGAAACAUCUGGUUCCAACUGCACAUGCAGUCACAUUAAUUGUUUCUAUCCUGAUGUCCUUAUUAACUGCUGAGCAAAUUACUGUUGCUUUGAAUGUUGCCUAAUAAAGCUCAUAUGAAAUCUGACUUUGUCCUGUUAUCCAAUCACAGCUCAUGUUUUAAAACAGCUCUGCAGUUCUGAGAGUUAUUAAAGCAGCUAUGAAGCUAUUAGCCA